AUGACUUUUGAAAAGUUACACCUUUGGAUAUUAAUUCUACUUGCUAGUCUGUGCCUUGCAAAUUGUAAACUCUGCAGUACAAAUGGAAAGUUUAUGAGCAGUCACAACUGCUCAAGUUACCUUGUUUGCAAUGGCUUUAUCGAAUACGAAAUUCCGUGUCCAUCAGGAUUCAUUGUCAACUAUCAAGAUAUGAUUUGCUCUAAUUCCACAAAUUUUCAUUGUGAACCAAACUAUACAUGUACGAAUACAGGAAAUUUCACAAAUCCAUCUAAUAAUGCUUCCUACAUAACUUGCAUCAAAAGUGUGAACGAAAUGAUCAUAGCGGUCUCUACAAAUUGCCCUGAUGGCCUUUUGUAUGACAAUGUCGAAGAAAAAUGCACGGUUAAGCAAUCUAAAACUGAUUGUACUACAAAUGGAAUAUUUAUCAACAGUUACAAUUGCGACAACUUCAUAAAUUGCAUUAAUUGGGUGCCGUACAACAUUAGUUGUCCCCCCAAUUUUAUUGUUGACUUAAAGCAUAAGAAUUGCUCUAGUACUACACCAUACCACUGUGAACCCAAUUACAAAUGUACCAAAAUAGGAAACUUCACAAAAUUCGGUAGUGAACAUUCUUACAUUACGUGCAUACAAGGAUUAGGCAAUCUCAUCGUAGGAAUAUCAUCAAAAUGUCCAGAUAAAUUUGUGUUUAAUGCCUUGAAAAACCAAUGUAUACAAAAUUAUACUAUAAUCAAACCAGCUAACAGUGCUUCUUGUAUGUUUACUUACUUUUGGUUACUUACAUUGACAUUCCUCUAUCCAUUAAAAACUAUUUAUAUAUUUUAG